AUUUUUUAUCGUCCAUAUCCGACUCGAUCCGCCCAUUUUCCACCAGGGACCCUUUUGUCAUUUCAUGAAAGACCUUCUAUACUUCUCUCACCAUAUAGAAGAAAGAGAAAAUUCCUUAACACAUUUGAUAAUUUUAUUUAUUAGAAGUGACAGAUAAUAAAAGAGCCAACAAAAAUUGUCAAUCAAGCUGAAAGCAACUGAAAAUUAUCCUCUGAUCUUCUUCUUUUUAUAGUAACAAAUGUGAAGCUGCAUUUCUGUAAAGUAUAUUCAAGUCAUUUUUCCAUAAAAGAAGUAGAAAUUUCAACAAUAAUUUGUAGCUUUUUCUCCAGGUUCCGUAAAGGCACUCGUUUUUGCUUGGAAUGGCAGCCAGCAACAUAAAGCAGCCCUUAUUAGAUCAGCUGCCUCUAAAUAAUCGAAAUGUAGACCCAAGGAGAAGAAGAAUUCGCCGACUUAAAAGUGCUCCUGCGGCUGAACUUUUUCCCGGAGAAAUAGAUGACACAAAGGACGACCAAUCGCUCCUACAUUACGAGUCAAUACUGGCUAAGCUCCAUCCGAGUUUUAGGAGAGUCAUUCUUUACUUGAGUAUAUACUUAGCUAUUGGUACCACGUGCUUUUACUUUGUUCGGAACCAGAUCCAGGGAAAGAAAGUAAACGGAGUACUCGAUUCUGUUUACUUCUGCGUUGUAACAAUGACCACUGUUGGAUACGGGGACCUUGUGCCUAACAGCGUAACCGCUAAACUACUUGCUUCUUUCUUUGUUUUCUCUGGGAUGGCACUUGUCGGAAUGGUUCUAAGCAGAGGAGCAGACUACCUAGUGGAGAAACAGGAAAGACUAUUGAUUAAAGCAUUGCAUAUACGCGAUAAAGUUGGUCCGAGUGAUAUUCUCGAGGAAUUUGAAACCAACAAAGUAAGGUACAAGUGCUUCGUCAUAACAGUCACUCUUGUCGUGGUAAUAGUUGUUGGAACGGUGUUCCUUGCCAAGGUAGAAAAGUUAAGUACCAUCGACGCUUUUUAUUGCGUGUGUUCUACCAUCACAACGCUAGGAUAUGGAGACAAAAGCUUCUCAACUAAAGCGGGGCGUAUUUUUGCUAUAUUCUGGAUUUUGACAAGCACCCUUUGUUUGGCUCAGUUCUUCCUUUACGUCGCCGAAUUUAACACAGAAAGGAGACAGAAGGAGCUGGUGAAGUGGGUUCUUUCGAGAAGGAUGACGAACGUGGACUUAGAAGAAGCUGAUCUUGAUAACGAUGGGGUUGUAGGGGCUGCUGAAUUCGUGGUUUAUAAACUCAAGGAGAUGGGGAAGAUCAACCAAGAGGAUGUAUUGCUUUUGUUGGACGAGUUUGAGUCUCUUGAUUUUGAUCAAUCUGGAACUUUAUCAACCAUAGAUUUGGCACUUGCUCAAUCAUCUUGAGCCGGGACAAUCCAUAUUCGGCCACCAUAUCAUCCUUUUCCACGCUUGCAGAGUCGUCACAUUUGAAUCUGUAACGCUAUUUCCAAGUAUCUCGAGUGUUUUAGCACCCGAGCGAUUUUCACUUUAUCCACUUCAUAGAAUACACCAUGUACAUGCAGUGUUAAGAUACAAGUGUUUACAGAACUUGUAAGUCACUGAGCCAUUUGAUGUUCUAUAUUCAAGUGAUGUAAAUUUAACUA